AUGAUGAUGAAUACUCACAACGAUUCCUGCGAUUUCGUCACCGUAGAGCCCGAAUCAAACCCAGACUCACUCCAGCAAUGGCUCUCCGUCGUCGAAAACGGAAAGACGACGCGAACACGACGUUCAGAUAUCUCCACGAUGGCGAAGAAGCACCUCUCCUCUCUAGGUUGGCUCUUCGCUUACUUUAAGAAGAAUAAGAGACGAGAGCUUCGGUAUAAGUCUCCGGAGGGGAAGUGGUUUUACUCUUUGGCUACGGCUUGUUCGAGCUGUGUCAAUGAAGAAGAAGAGAUAAUCGUUCUCGAAUCUGAAUCUCCGAGGAAUCUCGCUUUAGUUGCGAUCGAAACGGUUGGGGAUGAUAAUGUGAAGAAGAAGAGGGGGAAGAGAGUGAAGGAUUGUGAAACGGCUGCGUUUAGUGGGAAGAAGAGGAAGAAGAGAGUGAAGAAUUGUGAAACGGCAGCGUUUAAGGGGAAGAAGAGGAUGAAGAGAGUUGAGGAUUGUGAAACGGCAGCGUUUAAUGGGACUAAAGGACUUGACAAUGUUGAUGUGUUGAAGAGGAGGAAAAGAGGGAAUGAUUGUGAAACGACAGCGUUUAAUUUGAGCAAGACUGUUGUCAGUGUUGAUGUGUUGAAGAAGAGGAAGAGAGUGAAGUAUUGUGAAACGGCAGCGUUUAAUGAAGUAGCUACUAAAGAAGAGAAGAAUGGUUUGUCUAUAGUGAACAAACUCAUUCUAAAUGUUGAUGUUUUGAAGAGAAAGAGAGUGAAUGACUGUGAAACGGCUGCGUUUAAUCCUUUAUCUGAUGUAAUAAACCAACAAGAGAAGAAGAGAGUGGCUGCUAAUGUUGAUGUAAGGCCCAGGUAUGAGAAGUCGUUGAGGAAGGUCUUACAAGUGAUGGAGAAGAAGAACAAAAAGUGUGAAAAGGAGUCUAUAAGAUUCUGGAGGAAAGACUGUGGUCCAGAGAAGAACUGUGACGUGUGUUGUGUUUGUCAUUACGGUGGAGACUUGCUUCUAUGCGAUGGUUGUCCUUCAGCAUUUCACCAUACUUGCAUUGGGUUACCGAAUCUUCCAGAGGAAGAGCUCUGGUUCUGUCCUUGUUGCUGCUGUGAUAUCUGUGGAUCAAUGGUAACGUUGGGUAACAGCAAGUUGAUGACUUGUGAGCAGUGUCAAAGAAGGUUUCAUCUAAAGUGUUUGAAAGAAGGGACUUGUCUUGUUUCGUUUAGAGGAUGGUUCUGUAGUAAGCAAUGCAGUAGAGUGUAUUCAUCGCUUCAGAGUCUUUUAGGACGUAAGAUUGUGGUAGGGGAAGAGGGUUUGGUUUGGAGUUUGAUUAGAGCUCCUAAUGACGAUGAACAUUACGAUGAUGAACAAAUGUCUAAGCUAGACUCUGCUGUUGAGAUACUUCACCAAGGUUUUGAGCCUUCAACGGAUCCUUUCUCUGGGAGAGAUCUCGUUGAGGAGUUGAUAUACAGGAAGGACGCAGAUGGUGUGGGUCGUGGGUUUUACACGGUUUUGAUCGAGAGGGGGAAUGACCCUGUUACUGUGGCUGCAGUGAGAGUUGAUAAAGAUGUAGCUGAGAUCCCUUUGGUGGCGACAUUGUUUAACUACAGGAGAAGUGGGAUGUGUAGAGUGCUUAUGGAUGAGUUGGAGAAGCAGAUGUUUAAAAUGGGAGUUCGUAGAUUGGUCUUGCCUGCUGCUAGAGAUGUUGUGAGUACUUGGUCUCAAGGGUUUGGGUUCAAGGUGAUGGAGAGUUGGGAGAGGUUGGAGUUUGUGAAACAUGGGAUGCUUGAUUUUGUUGGUACUGUGAUGUGCCAUAAGUUUCUGAGGGGGAGGGAAGUUUCAGGAGAGUCAAGCUUAACGGAAUAG